AAAGUCAUUCAAAAGGAUAAUCUUCUUCUCGAGUGCGCUGCAACUGUGCUUUUAUCCCUUGCAAUGCGUGUCAUGGGAUUCAAGUCUAUGUUGUACACCAAAUUAUUUGUUGCUUCCCCGUUACUUUGUUUGGACAAAAAUUUAUGCAUCAGAGAGCUGGAGAAAAUUAAGUUUGAUGAUGCGAACAUUAGCGAGAUUAUUAACUCAUGGUGCUCCAACCAGUCAGCUGUUAUAAAGCUUUUCGUUUUACUUCACUGUCCGGACAUAGGGAGAAGUGCUGUUGUUAAAGAUGUCCGUUUUGACUUGACUCCAAGGUUGUGGUCUUUCUUAGCCGCUGGGGUAAUGAAUCAGUCCCCAUUUGCAGCAGCUCUUGUGGCAGAAAUCUUGAAGGUGGCACUUUCAAAAAAUUUUUUUUUCAAAAAAAAAUACAGAGCUAUGAAAAGUUUGAUUUUUUAGUG